CAAAACAUGGAAAGUCAUUUCGAAAGAAUUGCUUAUCAUUAUUGGGCACCAUUUGGUUUACAUAAACCAUUUGACGCAUCACUUAUUCUAAAUAUAUAUCACAAUGAAUUGCUAAAAGAGGAUAUAUUUUCACAGCAAAAGAUUGUUAUGCUCGAAAUCAGUCAGUAUCUCGAGCGAUAUCUUUGGCUGAAUUUUGAUCCAGAAAAAAGCACAAAGGAACAUAUAAUGUCAAUCGUUGUUAUGAUAAAUGAAAAAUAUCGUGAAAGAAUUUCUGCUUGGCAGUGCAUUGUAGAGCGACCAGAUUUUUUUCCGGAGUUUUUUUAUAAUUUAUUAAGUCUUGCUUAUAACACGGACGAAUCCCAGUUGAAUUUUAUUGAACGUUCAGCUAUUGCAGCAUUUGACGAUGUUAUUAAUUUCAGUCGUUUUUUUAAUCCAUUAUUGCAUGCGAGCAACUUGAUAACCUAUAGUACUUUGUCGUCUUUAAUUAAAUCAGAAAUUGGGGAUUUAUUCUGCCAGUUAAUGACAAUGCUAAAAUUUUAUUCGAGAUUCGAAAUCGAUGAAAUUACAGGCGAACCUUUGACUACUAGUCAGGUUCUUCGUCACUAUAAGCACAUAACGGGACUGCAAAAGGCUGCAUUCAUGUAUUUUCGAGAAAGCAUGAAGGAAUUUUGCCUAUUAAAUGUGUCUGCUAUUGAUUCUCGUAAAGCAUUAUUAAAACAGUUUGGAUCAAUGAGCAAUGACGAUUUGUACAAAUUUGCAGAAUAUUUGCAUUUGGUUAAAAAACUUGAAAGAAGUGAUUCUAUUCCUUUAGGAAAACAGUUUCUUUCUGAAGCAGUCACUUUGCACUGUGAAAGACGCGUGAAUCAGCUGCAACAGCUAAAUGAGCAACCUUUAUACCCUACUGAAAAAAUGAUUUGGGAUGAAAAUCUUGUGCCUUAUGAUGAAUAUAAUGGUCACGAUGUGUUACCACUGAAUAAACUGAAUCUGCAGUUUUUAACUCUUCAUGAUUAUCUGCUGAGAAAUUUUAAUUUAUUUCAAAUGGAAUCAACUUAUGAGAUUCGAAAGGAUAUCGAAGAUACCGUUUUUCGAAUGAAGCCGUGGAUACAUGAAAGCGCAAAAGACCAAAUAAUUUGGGGAGGAUGGGCGCGUAUGGCUCUACCUCUGCAGUCGUUUCAAUUUGUGGAAGUUUCGAAACCACUUGUUGGUGAAAAGAGUCCAGCAGUUGUGAGAGCUGAUGUAUCUGUUAAUGUGCCAAUUCGAAAAGAUAUAAGGACUGAAUGGGAAGAUCUGCGAAAGCAUGACGUUUGUUUUCUGUUGAAGUGUAGGCCGAAAAUAUCGGUAGAUGGCAAGUAUGAUACUAGAAAACCUUUUAAAGAUCAGAUAGAUGUUAUUUAUGUCCGAGGAUGUGAAAUAGAAGGGAUGCUUGAUUCUUCUGGUAAUGUUAUCGAGGAAUACGCUGCAUAUGAGAAAAAACCGCAUCUCACUGGUGAUCAACGUACUUUUCGAGUUUGGCUCGAUGAGAAUCAAUAUCGGCUAGACUUGGAAAAUGAUCCUGAACAGAGUAUCGAUCAAAUAUAUCAUUCAUUUAACUUGCUUGUGCGAAGGGAUCCAAGAACAAAUAAUUUCAAAGCUGUUCUCUCCACCAUACGACAGUUAUUAAAUACAGAAUGUGUUGUUCCCGAUUGGAUCCAUGACAUUAUUCUCGGCUAUGGCGAUGCUCAUUCUGCUCAUUAUAAGCAUAUGAAUAAUGUUGUUGCUUCACUGGAUUUUUGUGAUACCUUCAUUUCAUACAAGCAUUUGCUGGCAUCAUUUCCUUCUCAAAAGAUUGUUACUAGUAACGACGAUCCAUCCCUACAUCCUCCUCCAUAUAGGUUGACUUUCAAAGAACUGGAACCACAACACAAUGUAGAUUUAUCCCAGCGUGAUACGUCGAUAUUUGUUGAGUCUUAUGUGGUUCCAUCUCGUGGUCCAUACCCUCAUGUUGAACCUCGCAAAAACGCAAUACUUUUUACUCCAGCUCAGAUUGAAGCCAUUAAAUCUGGUAUGCAACCGGGCUUAACGAUGGUUGUCGGUCCACCUGGAGCAGGUAAAACGGAUGUGGCUGUGCAGAUUAUAUCAAAUAUUUACCACAACUGGCCAGAACAAAAGACACUUGUAGUAACACAUUCUAAUCAAGCGCUAAAUCAAUUAUUCGAGAAAAUUAUGGCGUUGGAUGUUGAUGAGCGACAUCUACUUCGUUUAGGGCAUGGUGAGGAAGCUCUGGAAACUGAAAAAGAUUUUAGCAGAUAUGGUCGAGUUAACUAUGUUUUAAAAACUCGUUUAGAGCUUCUAAAUGAAGUGGAAAAAUUGCAGCAAUCUCUGGAAGUUCCUGGGGAUGUUGCAUAUACAUGCGAAACUGCUGGCCAUUUCUUUCUUUAUCAGGUUUUCGCCCGAUGGGAAAAGUUUGAAAGCGAUGUUUUGAUAAUGUCACGCAAUUCUUCUCCAGAUCCAUCAAUAAUCGUAAAGAAAUUUCCAUUCACAAAAUAUUUUGAUGAUGCACCACAACCUCUGUUUAAAGGCAUUUCUUUUUCGGAAGAUUGGAACAUAGCGCAAGGAUGUUGGCGCUAUAUUCGUCGCAUAUUCACUCAGCUAGAGGAGUUUAGAUCAUUCGAACUGCUGAGAUCUGGUCGGGAUCGAACAGAUUAUUUACUAGUUAAAGAAGCUAAAAUAAUCGCAAUGACUUGUACGCAUGCUGCAUUAAGGCGUAAAGAGUUGGUUGAACUGGGAUUUCGGUAUGAUAAUAUACUAAUGGAAGAAGCAGCCCAGAUACUAGAAGUUGAAACGUUUGUGCCCCUUCUGCUUCAGAAUCCACAAGAUGGAAGGAAUCGCUUGAAACGAUGGAUCAUGAUCGGCGAUCAUCAUCAGUUGCCUCCAGUCGUGCAAAAUUUAGCUUUUCAGAAAUAUUCGAAUAUGGAACAAAGCUUAUUUGCACGUUUCGUCCGGCUAGGUGUUCCUCAUGUCUUGCUUGAUCGUCAAGAUUUUAUUCAUAAUUUUUAUUCUGAAAUUUUGUUUCCUCUUGUUUAUCAAUUUAUCUUUAUUGCUCUUUCUCUUGACGAAUAUCGGACAAUGAACGCUGGAUUUGUUUUUAAUUAUCAAUUUAUUGAUGUACCCGAUUUCAAUGGUAUUGGUGAAGAGACACCGAACCCUUAUUUUUAUCAGAAUCUUGGUGAAGCAGAAUAUGCGGUGGCCUUAUUUACUUAUAUGCGCAUAUUAGGUUAUCCACAUGAUAAAAUUUCUAUUAUAACGACAUACAAUGGACAGGCAUCACUUUUGCGUGAUGUUGUGCAGCGACGUUGUGCUGAAAAUCCAUUAAUUGGAGUUCCGCAUAAAAUUUCGACUGUUGACAAAUAUCAAGGCCAACAGAAUGAUUACAUUAUUUUAUCUCUUGUGCGAACAAAAAAUAUUGGUCAUAUCAGAGAUGUUCGGCGGUUAAUUGUUGCUUUAUCUCGAGCCCGUCUCGGUUUGUAUGUUUUAGGAAGAGCAGAACUUUAUCGAAAUUGUUUUGAACUUGCACCAGCCUUUCAAAGGCUAUACAAGCAUCCAUUGAAAUUACUUCUUAUACCCGAUGAGCCGUUUCCUUCUUCGAGAAAGGUUCUUGAGGCAGUUCCGCCAGCACAAUCGCUUGAAAUCCAAGAUACUAUUCAUAUGUGUCGAUUUGUUCAUGAAUUAUAUGCAAAGAACGUCGAUCAGUUAAAGAUUAGUUAUAAAAAACAUAUGAAAGAUUAUUUUGAGGCAAGACAGGUGAGACUUUUUUUCUUUAUAUUCUUAACUGAAGCUGCCGAAGCCGCUAAAACUGAAGAAGAGAAGGGUGUGGCUGAACCAGCUGUGGAUGACAAUAUGGAGGUUGAUAUAACGUUCGAAAGCAUGGAUUUUGAAUUGCAAGAUCCGGCAAAAUUGGGCAAAUGA